AGGGGUUGAAGUGCAGAGACAGCGCGCGCCGGGUUAAGGGGGGAUUUGUGCAGCGCGUGCUGGAGCGGAGCGCCGGAGCCUUUUAACGGGGAGGAGGAGGAGGAGAUCUGUCCGGUCCCUUUAUGGCUCGUAAUGGAAGGGCAAUGAGAGCGGGCUUCUGGCAGGAAUAAAAGCCAACAGGAUGCGGGAGCGGGACGUGCAAAGUGUAUGUGCGUGGCUGCUGCUGCUGACCCUGGCCCUGCUGUCCCUCUGGGGUCGGCUGACCCUGGCCUCGCACCGCACCCACAUAGUGCAUGUAAAGGCUGGAACGUGUGAAGUGAUCGCGGCUCAUCGCUGCUGUAAUAAGAACAAGAUAGAGGAGAGGUCUCAGACUGUAAAGUGCUCCUGCUUACCCGGACAAGUGGCCGGAACCACCAGAGCAGCUCCGUCCUGCGUGGAUGCAUCUAUAGUAGCUCAGAAGUGGUGGUGUCAGAUGCAGCCAUGUCUGGAUGGAGAAGAAUGUAAAGUUCUACCUGACCUCACUGGCUGGAGCUGCAGCACCGGCAACAAGGUCAAAACAACCAAGGUGACCCGGUAGUGGCAUCCUCCAGUCUGGACUGUGGGGGGGUUGGCAGGGGAAACAGAAGACAGGAGGGCUUACAGUGUACGGAAGCGACUUUAAGAUCACCCUUAGUAAAGUAAUAUGAGAAGCAAAGUCUCGUAUUCCCAUCCCAUUCAUGAAAAUGAAGACCGUCCUAGUGGUCAGCUCUCCUCCUUCCCCUGCUCACCCCCCUCCCCCCUGGCUGUGCUGUCUUCAGUGUCUGCCACAAAUCUCCUCAGCGCAGGUACAAGGACGAAAGACUGUCUGCUCGCCGCAGUCCACCAGGCAUGGGGAUUAUAUCUGACAGAAGAACGCUCACAGUGGCGGACGGCCCACCUCUAACGUCGGAAGUUAUUUUAUCUUUUUACUUUCUGCCUCUCCCCACCGCUCUGACGUUCUGUUGUGCUCUUGGAUUUUUUUUUCCCCCCGUCUGUCGAUGCUUCCUGUAAUUGCACCUUUUGUACCCAAAACGAAAGGUGACAUUUUUGCUUCCUCUUCCAGAACCUUGUCCUUCUCAGCAUUUUAACUUUGGAAAGUAGAACUGAAGUUCUGGACUUACUGACCAUCUGUAGAUUAUUUUGUUCCUUUUUCUAAUAAAUAAAUAAUAAGUACACUUUUUGACCCGAAAAGGACUCAAAUAAAACAGUAGAUGUUAUGGUAUAAUUCUGUAAAAGUGUAAAAGGUUAUAUAAA